AUGUCCGAAGCUCCCUCAGUAAAAAAAGAGAAACGCCAGAAGAAGCGAAUAGUUUACGUCGAUGAAAAUGCACCAAAACGACCACUCUCUGCAUAUGUUCAUUUUUUGAAUGCAAGAAGAAAAGAAUUAACUGAUGCUGGUGAACAUGAACUUGUGCGUCAACGCACUUUCCUGACACAAGUUGGAAAAGAAUGGAAACAUUUAUCAGAGGAGCAGAAAAAAUUAUUCAUCGAUAAAGCAGCUGAAGAACAAGAAGCUUAUAAUAAAGCUAUGGGAGAAUACAAAAAAACCGAAGCUUACAGUCAAUUCCAGGUCAGGAAGGAAGGAUUGAUAAAGCAGCGAACGCUGGAAUUGAAGAAGAAAAAAAAUGAUGUUAAGUGUAGUGAUGAGGUUGAAAACAAUGAAAGCGAUGUGGUUGUAGCAAAUGAUGUUCCCAUAUUCAGCAAGGAAUUUCUCACUUUCAAUAAAGGUCAAGAAACUAAAUAUAAGAACUUAAAGAAAAUGGUAAAUUCUCUUCAGGAGGAACAAGACUCUUUGAAACUCAAUAUUUCAGAGCGAAUAUUACGUGGGCAGCAGUCUACUUGUGCUCCAUGGGCUAAAAAAAUUAAGCAGCGAUGGACUAAACUGUUGAUUGACGCCCUUGCAUAUGUUUCUGUUGAUGGAGAAUAUCCAACUGUACAAAACAUAGAUACUUAUAUGCAAAAAUUGAAGAAGCUGAUUACGGAAGACCCGACGAAUAAAGACCUAAUUGCUGUGCGAAUGGCAUUAUCCGAAGUUAAUUUCGCAUGA